UGCAUACAGAUACUGACAUUAGUAGCAGCAGGUGACACGUAGGCUGGUCGUCUGUGUGCUAAACAGGUGGAGCGAGGAAGCAUUACUGCUAUACAUCUACCUUAGAUUACAGCCCAGCUGGGUUUUUCCUGCAGUAUCCCAUAGAGGUGGAGGUCAGCAACCAAAUUUCACAAUGUUUGAUGGGGAUUAUGAUUACCUCAUCAAAUUUUUAGCAUUGGGAGACUCUGGAGUUGGAAAAACAAGUUUCCUUUACCAGUAUACUGAUGGGAAAUUUAAUUCAAAAUUCAUUACAACAGUGGGCAUUGAUUUCCGGGAAAAAAGAGUGGUAUAUCGUUCAAAUGGCCCAGAUGGCAUUGCUGGUAGAGGACAGAGAGUUCAUUUGCAGCUAUGGGACACUGCAGGGCAGGAAAGAUUUCGCAGCUUGACAACUGCUUUUUUCAGGGAUGCAAUGGGUUUCCUUCUGCUUUUCGAUUUAACAAAUGAGCAGAGCUUCCUCAAUGUCAGGAAUUGGAUAAGUCAGCUGCAAGUACACGCAUACUGUGAAAACCCAGACAUUGUAAUGUGUGGAAAUAAAAGUGAUCUUGAUGAUCAGAGAGCCGUGAAGGAAGAGGAGGCCAAAGAAUUUGCUGAUAAAUAUGGGAUCCCAUACUUUGAAACAAGUGCUGCAAAUGGAACAAACGUAAAUAAAGCUGUGGAAACGCUGUUGGAUCUGAUCAUGAAGCGCAUGGAACGGUGUGUGGACAAGUCUUGGAUACCUCAAGGGGUGGUACGAUCCAAUGGCCACAGCUCUACAGAGCAAUUAAAUGAGGACAAAGACAAAAACAAAUGUGGCUGCUGAGAUCAUAUAUAAAAUGAAAUUAGCCCCCAACCGAAAAUCAACCCAAUUUAGAAAGUGGUUAAAGUUCUGUGGUUCUGAUAUAUCAACUCUGUUGUAUACUUUUUAAAUGUUGCACAUAUCUAUUAUGGUUAGUUUUUUUUUUCUUCUUUUCAAAAAUGCUACUGUAUUAGAAAAUAAUACUAAAACAUGGAUUUUUCAGGCACAAGGAAUAAAACUAUAGGUGACAGCAUCUUUUUUAAAUACAUUUAAAAACACCUAUUUACAAAUAAAGACAGUGAGGCCAUUUGCCUUUCAUAGCUUAGUCUUUUAAAAAUUAUACUACAAUAUUACAAAGGAUUUGAAAUAUUGAUUUAUUAGACUCAUGUCUGCCCCUUUAUGUAUAAGUGCUUUGUAUAUUAAUACAAAAAUUAUAUAUACAAUUUCUUAUGUUUCAACAGGAAAUUAGGGCAGAAUAAAUGCCAGCAAAAUUUCUUCAGGGCUGGCGCUAAACGAUGAAAUUGUAUGUGCCAGGUGUGCUUUUUUGGACCCUUUUGGAUAGAGACAGUUUCAUAUUGGUCCUGGUGAGACAUGCAGCACAAGAUAUCAAUAUUGCGAAACGCCAAUUUUUAAAUCCACACGGUUAAAACUGUAUUUGAAUUAUAAUUCUCUCGCUGAUCAAUUUUUCCAUUGUCCUUUUGGUUUUCAUUUGCUGUUUUUUGUUUUCUUUUGUGAUCUACACAUAAUAUUGGGGAGGGGAACAUAAAAAGUAUAUCCUUUUUAGACAUUUUAUGGAAUUUUUGUGCCGAAUUACGCGCUUCAAAACUCUAAAGCUAAAUUAUGCUGAUAUCUUUCAAAAUACCAAGUUCUCUGCUUCACAGUUUUGAUAUGCAGUUUAUUUAAGUACCUUACAUCUUUACUGCAUCUUUUAGAACCUCAAAUUAAUUUAUUCAUAUGAUUUAAAGCUAAUGUUUGGCAAUUUUAGCUAAGAUGCUUUAAAUAGCCUAGGGAUGGAGGUUUAUAAAGCUAGGCUUAAUAGUUGUGUACAUUCUAAAACAGAAUGCAAUUCUUGUUAAAAUAAUAGGAUUAAAGGGACACUGAACCCAAUUUUUUUUCCGCGAUUCAGAUAGAACAUGCAAUUUUAUGCAACUUUCUAAUGUAAUCCUAUUAUCAAUUUUUCUUCGUUCUCUUGCUAUCUUUAUUUGAAAAAGAAGGCAUCUAAGCUUUUUUUUUUAGGUUCAGGACUCUGGACAGCACUUUUUUAUUGGUGGAUGAAUUUAUCCACCAAUCAGCAAGGGCAACCCAGGAUGUUCACCAAAAAUGGGCCGGCAUCCAAACUUAAAUUCUUGCAUUUCAAAUAAAGAUACCAAGAGAAUGAAGAAAAUUUGAUAAUAGGAGUAAAUUAGAAAGAUGCUUAAGAUUUCAUGCUCUAUCUGAAUCACAAAAGAAAAAAUGUGGGUUCAGUGUCCCUUUAAUAAAUAUUGCGGUAUAUUUGUACAGGUAAUUUUAGUACAUAAUUAACUAGCUUUUAAUAGCUACACAUUUGUACACUUUAAUAUUUUUUUGGAAACAUACAUAUAUUGCUACACAGAUGUAAUUAUAUAUUUAUGUAAACAAAUGUAAUACACACUUUUUUCAUCAGAAAUGUUGGCACCGUAAAUAUGACUUAUUAAUGGGAUAUGAAACCCAAACAUUUUCUUUUGUGAUUUAGAUAGACCAUAGUUUCCAAUUUACUUAUAUUAUCAAGUUUACUUUUUCCCAUGGUAUUCUUUGUGGAGAACUACAUGGCAGGAAAUAGGGCUGCCGUGUUCUUGCAAAUGUAUAACAUUCUUUCAGAACUACUGCCAUAUAGUGAUCCAGACACGUGCACACUCCUGAGCUUACCGCUUUGCUUUUCAACCAAAGAAAAUGUAAUAUUAAACGUAAAUUAGAAAGUUGUUUAAAAUUGCAUGCUCUAUCUGAAUCAUAAAAGAAAAAAAAAAUGGGUUUUCUAUCCCUUUAAAUAGGAUUGCACAUAACUUCUAGUGAAUAUGUUAAAACAACAACUUAUUGUGAAGUGCAUAUUCCCUUUCAAGUAGUUUAGUUAGAAAAAGUGAUCCUUAGGGUACACAUUUUCAUGCAAAUAUUUCAGAUGAAGUUUAUUACAAUCUCUAAUAACUGUAAUUCAUUUUGUAAAGUUGAAAAAGAAAAAAAAAGCGAACACUGAACCCAAAUUUUUCCUUUUCGGGAUUCAGAUAGAUCAUGCAAUUUUAAGCAACUUUCUAAUUUACUCCUGUUAUGAAAUUUUCUUCAUUCUCUUGCUAUCUUUAUUUGAAAAAUAAGGUAAGCUUUUUUUUUGGUUCAGUACUCUGGACUGCACUUUUCAAUUUAUCCACCAAUCAGCAAGAACAACCCAGGUUGUUCACCAAAAAUGGGCCUGCAUCAAAACUUACAUUCUUGCAUUUCAAAUAAAGAUACCAAGAGAAUGAAGAAAAUGUGAUAAUAGGAGUAAAUUAGAAAGUUGCUUAAAAUGUUUUAAAUGUCAUGCUGAUUCAUUCUGAAUCAUGAAAGAAAAAAUUUGGGUUCAGUGUGCCUUUAACUGAAAACAACAUUUUAUAUUUUAACAAUGAAAAUAUGUAGUAAGAAAGUAACAAAAAAUAAAAUAAAUAAAAACAAAUUAUUAAAAACUACUGAAUAUAUUCCUUAAAUUGUUUUAACACUUGGACAUUCUUACUCACUACAUUCGGUCAGAAGAGAACACUAAUAAUGGAUAUCUGCUAUUAAGUUCUUUUUUACUGAGUAACAAUCUAAAAAUAAUAUGGUUAACUAAUGAUACUGAACACUGUUUAUCCAUCAAAGCAUUAAUAACCCAUCAAACCUAAGAGAAUUUAAAUCAAGGAAAGUUGUCAUUUUUAGUACUUUAUGAUCUGUAAAUGUCUUUAAUCUGUAUGGAGAACGCACACUGCAUGAGAAAUUGCAUUCCAAUGGUUUAUGUCAAAUAGGCAUUAAACUAUAUACAAUCAUAAGUUGGGGUUUGCAUAGCGGUUGUCAGAUAAUGGGUAUUAAGUAGGGUGACCAUAUUGCCGCUUUAAAAAGGGACACAUAUGAAAAAUACAUACAGUAUGUCAGGGUUCUUAUAAAAAAACAAAACAUUUCUGAAAACAGCCCUGGCAUAUGUAUUUUUCAUAUGUGUCCCUUUUUAAAGCAGUAAUAUAGUCACCCUAGUAUUAAGAAAAAAUAUUAAUACAUACGUUUAAAAUAAGCAUUUAAAAAAAAAAAGAAUUUACGUAUAUAAUGUUGUGAUUUCAAGGAUUUAGAUGUUAUGAUUUAUUCAUGGUGUAUUAACUAUCACUUUAAUAAUCAUGGUUAAGCUCAGUCAGAUGGCAAUAUGGUCAUGGACUGAGGAAAUAAGUUAUUUUAAACAGUUUAAUUAUAGAAACCUACAUAGCUUUCAAAAUGUGAAGGUCAUGCAGUAAUUUAUAUGAUGGCCAUGCAGUAAUUUCAACAUGUUUUUUAUAAUAUUGAAUUUUGCCUUUAUCAGGUUCAUAAGUAAAUAUUUUGUACUUAUUUAAAAGGGCUUGUGCCAACUUAGAGGGACAUUAAAGCCCAUAAAUAAAAUGCCCUUUUAAUUGUAGAACACUUUCCUGCCUACCUGUGCCAUACACAUUUCUAUAGCAGGAGACAAAAUACCACAUACUCUUCAUCUGCCUUCAUCGAUAUAGAGCAGUUUAUUUUUUAAUCUCAAGAAACUAUACAGUGCCUACUGCUGAAAUACACAUUAUGGCAGUGCACCCAUCAUAGGUGAUUUUACAUGGAAGCAGGGUUGACUAAGUGGUACUUUAGUAAGGCCACUACAUAAAGUAGGCAAGUGCCUUUUUAUAGCAGUCAUCCAAAGUGUACAACUAUAUUCUACUUUUGCUGUGCCAAACCAAAUACUUUAAUAUAUUUACUGUGUAUAUAUAUAUAUAUAUAUAUAUAUAUAUAUAUAUAUAUAUAUAUAGAGUGUGUGUGUGUGUAAAAAUGAUCUCUUAAGAACUGUUUUGCAAGUACUGCCAUUUGAAAGGCUUGAGUUUUGCUAAGUAGAUCUUUUUUUUCUUUUUUAUUGGACAGGAAGUGUUCAGCAUCAUUACCAUUAUAAUUUUCACUGGAUGUCCACUUUAAAAAAUGGUUUGUAAUUAAAAUUUAAAAAUGAUUUAUUAGGAAAUGCUUAAAAUGUCAUAUUUUGUCUUGUUUAUUAUAUUGUAUAAAUAUCUUUUGUUAUCAAGAUGUUUUACAACAAAUUAGAUAUUAAAAUAUAUUAUAUAAUUGAAA